AUGACGACUACUCAGACGGUGAUUGAAUUGAGUGCUACCGAGGAAAGCGUCAAAGUCCAGAUGGCUGCUGCCGGCGGUAAGCAUCUUUUGGCAGACCCCGGUAAUCAUCCAGCAGAGCAUUUCAAGGAACAAAUGUCACGGUCAAGAUUUCAGACAAGGCAGUACCUGACUAGAUUUACAGAAAACCAGUCAGAUUUCUUAUAUUCCGUUCAAAAAAAGCAUAGGACGCCCUUAAGAGACGUUUAUUUCAAGUACACUUCCAUGAUGGGUUCUCAUAUGUUUUACGUCAUUGUAUUGCCCAUUCCUGUGUGGCUUGGAUACCUCGAUUUAACUCGGGACAUGAUCUACAUUCUUGGUUAUUCAAUCUAUUUAAGCGGGUACCUAAAAGAUUAUUGGUGUCUUCCGAGGCCAAAGGCUCCGCCAGUGGAUAGAAUCACAUUGAGUGAAUACACUACAAAGGAAUAUGGUGCACCGAGCUCGCAUUCUGCUAAUGCUACCGGAGUGAGUUUACUAUUCCUUUGGAAAAUAUGUUUAUGUGACACGCUAACAUGGCCAAUGAAGUUUUUUUCGUUGAUUUUCGUCAUUUUUUAUUACCUGACUCUGGUCUUUGGUAGAGUGUAUUGCGGUAUGCAUGGUUUGUUGGAUAUAUUCAGCGGUGCUGCUGUCGGGGCUCUUUGUUUCUUCAUUAGAAUUGGUGUAACGCACGUUUUACGAAAUUUCCAAAGCGGUGAACACCUUUGGUUCCCCCUUCUGAGCGUAGCAUGGGGUUUGUUCAUUCUAUUCAACCAUGUCAGGCCCAUCGAUGAAUGCCCCUGUUUCGAAGAUAGCGUAGCAUUUAUUGGUGUGGUCAGCGGGCUGGAUUGUAGCGAUUGGCUGGCCCAAAGAUACGGGUGGAACCUGGUAUGCAGUAGAUACGGAUCGUAUGGCUCCAAGGUGUUCUUAAGACCUCUGGUAGGUGUCGCCUCUGUAGUCAUUUGGAAAGAUGUCAUUAGCAAGACUGCGGUAUAUACGCUGUUGAUUAAACUACUAAAGUUCCACGAUGACAGAGUUGAAAAGGCCCAUUUGCAUAAGAAGACAAGCAGAGAUGUUGAAUGUUCACCGUACAUUGGCGUCCCCAAGAUAGAAAUUCUCGGAAGAUUCCUUAUAUACGCAGGUAUACCCAUCACCGUCUUUUUGUUGUGCCCGGUUUUUUUCACCUGGACCAGUUUAAGGUAA